AGGGUAAACCAAACUGUAUUCUGUUUUUUUUACAAGAUUGUAUCAAGUGUUAUACGUGUGUAUGCCUGUUAAACACACAACAAAAGAAAGUUGACACCUGAGUUUGUUGUACGGACACACAGAGAAACUUUAUAUCUUCACAAAACAGAGAUGAAUGGACCAUCAAAUCAUGUGUUUAACAUGUUUGAAGAUGCUGAAUCAGAUGCUGCAUGUCAACAAGGUGAUCAAAGAGGAAAUGAAGAUAGAAUCCGAGCAUUGGAGCAAAGAGUGGAGCUGCAGGAAGAUGAGAUAACUCUUCUAAAAUCUUCGUUAUCGGACGUGAUCAGAAGAUUAAAAGAUGUUGAAACAUCAUCUCAUUAUGGAGGGAUGAAGAAACCAUCUCCCUUGAAGAAUACAUUUCACCCUCUCCCAUCUCGCCCCCACAUUGAAAAUUCCCCUCGACCCCGUGCUAGACCCCCAUCACCCGGUCUUCGAAAACGAAUCCCAUCCUCCAAAGAUGACGGUCAUAAGAUGAAUGGAAACUCUGGUGAUUUAAGGCGCGCUCCUUCUACUGAUCAGUUAAACCGAGAUAAUAAAAGAUCAAGUUUUCGUUCAAAGAAAUCAAGUGGAAACGGCAAACAACCAACAUUCAAUGCUGAAGAUGCUUCAGUGAGGAUGCAUUUAAAAGGACGACCAGUUGUUUUGUAUAAACCAACUGACAUAGAAACAUCAUAUAACAUCAACUCAUCUUCUGCACUACCUGAUAAUAAAUUGAAACUGGAAUGGGUGUAUGGAUAUCGUGGAAGAGAUUGUCGCUCAAACCUCUAUUCGCUACCAACGGGUGAAAUUGUUUAUUUUGUCGCUGCAGUGGUCGUCCUGUAUGAUCCCAAGGAUGGAUAUCAACGUCAUUAUCUUGGUCAUAAUGAUGAUGUGAAAUGCAUAGCCAUUCACCCGGAUAAACUGAAGAUAGCAACAGGUCAAGUGGCGGGACUUGAGCUUGAUGGAAGGGAAUUCAAACACAAAACUUGUAGAAAGCCCCGUUUACCACAAGUUCAUAUCUGGGAUGCGGUUAGUCUCACAACUCUUCAUGUACUUGACUCAUUUGAUCGAUCAGUUGCUUGCCUCAGCUUCUCAAAGGCUGAUGGUGGAGCAAUGUUAGGCGUGGUUGAUGAAUCCAAUGAUCACGUACUAUCUGUGUGGAAUUGGCAGAAAGAAGUGAAAAUUACUGAAGCCAAGUCUUCUAAAGACCAAGUAUUGCUGUGUGAGUUCAACCCUCAGAUCCAAGGAAGUAUCGUCAGCUGUGGGAAAAACCACAUCAACUUCUGGAGCUUGGAAGGUGGACAACUUGUUAAGAAGCAAGGACUUUUUGAGAGACAUGAAAAGCCAAAAUACAUCUUGUGUCUUGGAUUCACAGCAAAUGGAGAUGUUAUAUCUGGUGAUUCAAGUGGUAAUGUACAAGUGUGGACCAAGGGAAGAAAGAUUGCCCAGAUAUUGGAGAGUGCACAUGAUGGUCCCGUGUUCUGUAUAUGCGCGAUACGUGAUGGAUUUAUUACUGGGGGCAAAGAUGGCGGCAUCAAAAAGUGGAGCGAAAAUCUCCAAACUGUAAAACAAACACAGUUACCUGAAGAAUCGGGUAGUGUUCGUACAAUAGCGAGUAACGACAAAGGUCAGUUGUUGGUUGGGACGAAGAAAAAUUCGAUUCUCCUUGGAGACUUCGAGGCUGACUUCCAAACUAUUGUUCAUGGCCAUGUUGAAGAACUUUGGUGUCUUGCUGUCCAUCCUUCAAAAGCUCAAUUCCUCACAGGAGCUUACGACAAACAACUUGUUAUGUGGGAUGCUACUAACCAUACUUCAUUAUGGUUUAAAACAUUCGAUGAUGGUAUCCAAUCAGCUUCCUUCUACCCAUGUGACAACAACAUCAUCGCGGUUGGCAUGACAACAGGACGAUGGUUGAUACUCGACUCAUCUAACUUGGAGUUAAUUACCGUACAUACUGAUGGCAACGAACAACAUGAUGUCAUCAAAUUCUCACCUGAUGGCAAGUUCUUAGCCAUUGGUUCCCAUGACAACAUGAUCUACAUCUACAAUGUAAGCGAUGACGGAAGGAAAUAUAACAAACAUGGGAAGUUAUCCGGACAUAGCAGUUAUAUCACGCAUUUUGAUUGGUCGGCUGAUUCUCAAAAUAUCCAAUCAAAUUCUGGAGAUUAUGAGCUUUUGUAUUGGGAUGUUCAAAGUUGUCGACAAAUGACUUCAGCUCCUUCUAUGCGAGAUAUUGAGUGGGCGACACAAAGUUGUACGUUAGGAUUCACUGUGUUGGGUGUUUGGCCUGAAGGGGCUGAUGGAACGGACAUUAACAGCGUAGCUCGUUCUACUGAAGGCAAACUACUCGCUUCAGGUGACGACUUCGGGAAAGUCCAUUUAUUCAAAUAUCCUGCGGUACAACCAAGGAGUUCCAGCCAUAAUUACAGCGGACACAGCAGUCACGUGACAUCGGUUCAAUUCAUGGCGGGCGACGAUCGUUUGAUAUCUACGGGUGGACAAGAUUGUAGCACUAUGCAGUGGAAAGUGGUGUAGCCAACUUUAAUAAUAUAAUACGCUAAUAUCUACAAUGUUGUCUAAGUUAUGUGCUGAUUACUGCGUAUUAUACUUAAUGCAGUAAUAUCAUCUAUAACUGUACAUAUUUAAAUACGACUAUAGCUGCUCACUCGUGUAAAACCCCUGACAAAAUAUUUGCACUCUAUAAAUUUAAUUGGUAGAAUAGACUCUAGAACACGUAUAAGUUAUGCACUGUGACGUAAAAAUAGGUGGCACGUGAUGUAGUGAAAUUAAUGUCAAAUUCUUGGAUUAUAAUACAAAGUCUAUGGUAUUUUAUUAUUGUGUUUGUGUUUGUGUUUGAGACUCCCCAUAUAUUCCAUUACGUUCCUUUUCAAUUACCUUCACUUUAAACCGAGUGGUAACAAAUUUAUGUAAUACAGAAAUAUUACCCUCUGUUGUA